AUGCGAGACAUGCCUUCACGAUUCGUCGAGAUCCUCGACUCCUCCGACGGUGCGGUGAGAAUAUCCGACGCCGACGUCCGGCUCGAAGACAUCCUGGCCGGGUACCAGGAAGCCCCUACAACGCCGACGGGCCGGGCGCGGUCCUCAACACAGUCGUCCAGCAAAGCCAGCUUUAGUUUUCUGGAUAGGGACCGCGGCACCGAGCGCGCUGAGCGCGAUGGACCGCCGACGUCUACCUCUCCGGCGCAGCAGCGGUGGAAGCGGCUCGGUGGGAUUCUCCACGCACGGCGCAGCUCGACAUAG